AUGAAAGUUGAUUCUUGGUUAUUGGAAGCAUUGUUCUAAGAUUUUUAGUUAAAUUAAGCUAUAUAAUUGAAUUAGGGAUAAAUAUGUAUUUUCCUUAGUCAAUCUGACAAAUUCCAUAACCAUAUGAAGACAAGCCAGAAUUUUAAUAAAUAAUUCAAAAAAUUAUUUUAGUGAAGUAUCAUCAACCUUUAUAUUAUUUUGUGAGCCAUUAAAGGAAAAACAAGAAAGAAAUUUAUUAGGUGAGGCAUUUAUUUUAAAAAAAUUAAAAUAAAGAACUCCUAUAAUAAAUCAAAUCUUUACUUGAGAAAUUAGAGAAGGAGGAAAAUCUGAUUUGGUAGAUUUCUUAACAAAAACAUCAAAUGAGAUAAUAAUGA